GUUCUCCAAACCAGCACCCAUGUUCCUGGAUGACUCCUUUCGCAAGUGGGCUAGGAUUCGAGAGUUUGUGCCACCUUUUGGGAUCAAAGGUCAAGACAAUCUGAUCAAAGCCAUCUUGUCAGUCACCAAAGAGUACCGCCUGACUCCUGCCUUGGACAGCCUCCGCUGUCGCCGCUGCAUCAUCGUGGGCAAUGGAGGUGUCCUUGCUAACAAGUCUCUGGGAUCACGAAUUGACGAUUAUGAUAUUGUGGUCAGACUGAACUCUGCACCAGUGAAGGGCUUUGAGAAGGAUGUGGGCAGCAAAACAACACUGCGCAUCACCUACCCUGAGGGCGCCAUGCAACGGCCUGAGCAAUAUGAGCGUGACUCUCUCUUUGUCCUUGCUGGCUUCAAGUGGCAGGACUUCAAGUGGCUGAAGUAUAUCGUCUACAAGGAGAGAGUGAGUGCAUCAGAUGGCUUCUGGAAAUCUGUGGCCACUCGCGUGCCCAAGGAGCCCCCUGAGAUUCGCAUCCUCAACCCAUAUUUCAUCCAGGAGGCUGCCUUCACCCUCAUCGGGCUGCCAUUCAACAACGGCCUAAUGGGACGGGGGAACAUCCCGACCCUUGGCAGUGUGGCAGUAACCAUGGCACUACACGGCUGUGACGAAGUGGCAGUUGCAGGCUUUGGCUACGACAUGAACACGCCCAAUGCACCCCUGCACUACUAUGAAACUGUGCGCAUGGCAGCCAUCAAAGAGUCUUGGACACACAACAUCCAGCGAGAGAAAGAGUUUCUGCAGAAGCUGGUGAAAGCACGUGUCAUCACUGACCUAAGCAGUGGCAUCUGAGUGGGCCCAGCACUUGACCACAGAGGCUCAAGAGCUACCAGGAGCAAGCAGCAGCCACUUGCACAGGAGUCUUCAGACCCAGAGAAGGACAGUGCUAAGGGGUCCCAAAGGCAGUGAGGCCUUGGCAGGGCAGCCAGAGCUGUGCCUGCUCAAGGCCAGCCUCAGAGACCAGCACUCAGCCUCUCAGUCUGAGUCUGUGAAGCCAGAGGGCCAGGAGGCCACUGGCUGUGCCCAGCAGGCCCAGCAUGCAGGAGGUGGGACAUUAGGCAGCAAGACUGCUGUCGGAAUCAUUUCUCCAAUCAGUGUUUGGUGUAUUAUCAUUUUGUGAAUUGGGAUGCGGGGAGGGGGGUGAUAAUUUAUUUUUAAAUAAGGUUGGAGAUGUCAAGUUUGGUCCACUUGCUGUGCAGAAAGAUGCCCUAUAGAGGGCACAUCAGGCAGUGGUACCAGUGAGCUCCCUGGAGGGUAGGAGUGCCAUGACCAGCCUGUGCCCCACUUAGGGGACACAGGGAGGUUGAGCAACUUCUCAUGCCAGCCCCCUCCAGCUCAUGACACUGUUUGACCUUUCCUGGAGAGAAGAUGGAGUUUUUCCUACUCACCAACCCCCAGCUGCCCCAUAGGGAAACUCUAGAGCCAUUCCUUCAGAGCCAAUAAGACAGCCUCUGGGGUAAAGCACAGAGAACUUGAAAGCUCAGGAGGCAAGGCCCAAUCCAGCUUGAUAAUGGCUCCCUUCUCCAGCUGCACUGACCCGGAGGAUAGUACCCCUGCCUGGACUGACUGACUUUUCAUAUACUAUGGGUUUCCACAAUGAGACUGCCAGGUCCUUGGGUUCUGCGUUUAGCCUGGACCUGAGGAAGUAAGGCCCAAGGACUUUACCCAGGCCAUGGCAGCCAUCUCAGGCAGCCCUUAUAGAAGCAAUAAAGCUCUUCCCUGAACAUGG